CAUUGUUUGAAAAGCUAGGGAGAUGCAUAAAGACACCCUCUUACAUAGUAGUAAACUUGGAAAGAAAUAAAAAAUUGCAGUAAAAUCGUUUGACACGCGCUAUACAAGGGGAAGGCAGGAGGUGUCUUAUAAAACACGGCUAGCACACAACAGCCAAAGUAAACAACACAAGAAUGGCAGAAUUAGCAGAGACUGCAGUGAUGCCUAAGGUCAUACCUUUCCUCUCUUCUCUUCUUCAAAGAGUAGCAGAAUCUAAUGAUAUUAGCCAUCAGUUAUACCCCCAGAAAGUCUCAAUCUUUCAUGGCCUUUCUAGACCUGCUAUAUCCAUUCAAAACUAUCUUGAAAGAAUCUUCAAGUAUGCAAAUUGUAGCCCCUCUUGUUUUGUUGUUGCUUAUGUGUAUCUUGAUCGGUUUUCUCAGAGACAAUCCUGUUUUCCUCUCAAUUCUUUCAAUGUGCAUAGAUUGCUCAUCACAAGUGUCUUGGUCUCUGUCAAGUUCAUGGAUGAUAUAUAUUACAACAACGCUUUCUAUGCUAAAGUUGGAGGAAUCAGCACAAGAGAGAUGAAUCUUCUUGAAGUGGAUUUUUUAUUUGGUCUGGGCUUCCAGUUGAAUGUGACACCAGCCACAUUCCACUUCUAUUGCUCUUACCUUCAGAGAGAAAUGUCGAUUCAGUCUCCUCUAAAUAUCGCAAGACCACUGAAAAUCCAUUGCUGUUUCAAUGAAGAUGAAUCCACUCAUCAAAAACGGCUUGCUGUUUAGAUAAUAUUUAGGAUGGUUAGGAAAGUUGGACCUUAAAAAAAGGAACUAGCAGACUUUUAGUAGUGCUAGUCAUGGAGGGUCAUGCACAUGUGAGAGCUUGGAUGUUUUCCAUAAGCAUUCUGGUUUGAAAUGAUGGACUCGAAACUCUCAUCUGGCAUCCUAUGAUUUGAGGCACUGCACACAUUUUCAAGCUCAGUUUUUUAUGCUACUCGUCGUAUUUCUCCUUUUCUUUUUGGUUGGAAAUUCGCAAAUCAAUGCUAUGUACAGAUGGGCUUUCUGUCCUUACAGUCUGGCUAACUUGAUGUAUAUAGCUCAUGAUCAAUCUUCCCUGUAAAACAUGACCAGAACUUAACUUUGCAAUGCCCUGUCGCCCAAGUUCCUCAAUGGGACAAGUAAUCCAGGCUUCUAGAGACUGUGAAUGAAUACUGACAGAAGCAAUAUCAGUAGAAAACAGAAUCUUGCUUAGCCUUCCAAAUGCAUGGAUAGAAGAAAAAUUGCAAUAGAAGCAUUGCGCAAUCUCUCUAUGCAUAUGUAGGAGACUAACCAAAUUGAGCUGUGUUGUGAUUUCACUUGUUAACAAUGGUUAAUGACUGUAAGGAAAUUAGCUGGUGUUUAGAGAUUAAA